UGGCGCAGUGGUGUGGGCGUGCAGCGGUGCAGGUGUGGCACGUGCACGCUCCUCAUGCGCUGUAUAGACAUAACAAACUUCCGAGUCUGUGAAGCAACGUUUGUGUUUGCUGCUGCCUUUGUGUGUGAGCGAGUUUCUGCUGUGUAAACAAACCCAGACACUAUGCUAGCUGGGACCCUUUUGCUGUCGACUGUCGCCUUCCAUCUAGCCGCUGGCGUCGGCGAGUCGGUCAGACAAUAUCACUUGUAUCUACAGGAGGCGCUACAGAUCAGCCACGCCGCCUCGCACUCCUCAACAGUAGCGGCGCUAAGGCGAUUCAAGAGUUUCUCGUGCACAACACGCAGGGACGGAGUGUAUCCAGAGCUCGCCUCCAGCUGCUCCUACUACUACAGGUGUCUAGAUGGGGCAGUGUUCUCAUACGUGUGUCCCCCCGGGCAAGCCUUCCACUACCCCACCGAGGAAUGCCGCCCCGCCGGGGAGGUGACCUGCCCGCACCUACCUCCCGCCUCCCCGCCCUGCAUCAACCAGAGUGACGGCUACUACCCGGACUACAGACAGGACUGCAAGAGCUACUACAGAUGCACCAACAGUAGCCUGAGUGGGCGGUGGCAGUGUGGAAGCGAUGCGGUGUGGGACUCCUCAACGGGAUCCUGCGGGACGGGAUCUCUCUUAGUGUGUUCUCCUCCCUCCUGCUGGGGACUACCUGACGGCCCACACCCCUCGCCAGGCUCUUCGUGCACCGCCUACUUCACCUGUGCCGGCGGAGUCAGGACGGAUCACGUGUGUCCCUACAACUCUAUAUUCGACUACACUCUCAAGCGAUGCGUGGCGGGCAAGUCUUCUGUGUGUUACGAGCAGGCGUGUGAGGGCAGAGUGAAUGGACUGCACGCUGUCCCUCACGCCCCCUGCAACUCCUUCUUCCGCUGCUUCAAUGGCGCCCUGGUUAAGGUGGAGGAGUGUCCCAAGCACCAGAUCUUUGACGGGCGUCGCUGUGUCUCCGAGAGGAACUUUUCGUGUUGGGGAGAAGGUCGCGGGUCAUGUGACGGUAAGGAUGACGGCUUCCAUGUCUCACCCGACGCUGACUGCCGGGCCUUUUUCCUCUGCCACCAGCAACAGUUCAUUCGGGCAUACAAGUGUUCUCCAGGACUAAUGUUCAACGGCAAAGAGUGCGUCGAUGGCAGGAAUUCAAUAUGCAACCCCGGUUCGUCCCUUCCAGACUGCUCUUCGAAAAUCGACGGCUAUUACACCAUGGAAAAAUCAGAAUGCAAGACAUUUUUCUAUUGUCAAGGCGGGAGCAAGAUGAGUGAGCACACCUGUCCCGGGAACAACGUAUUCAACGGGGAGCAUUGCGUGGACUCUGUGUUGUUCCGCUGCCCGUCACACCAGGAGCUGCAACACACCAGGAAUUUCACCAACAGUGUCGUCAGGACUCGGCGUUCAUCUACUGCCACGGUGUCUGACGCAGGGUGCGGGGAGGGGGACGGUCAUUACGCCCAUCUCAGCAGUGGGUGUCGUACAUUCCACGUCUGCCGGUCCGGCCUUCGUGUCAAUCAUAUGUGCCCCGCCGAGCAGAUCUUCAAUGGCGUCCAGUGUGUCCCAGCCAGUCAUUUCACGUGUCCCGCCAUGUCAUCUUGCCAGGGCAGAGAUACUGGAUGGUACCAAGAUUUCUCAUCAAACUGCACAAAGUUCUUUUACUGUUACAAUGGUUACCAGCAUGAACUCACUUGUCCCAGUGAACAAAUAUUCGAUGGCCGUGCUUGUGUCCCAUCGUCCACCUACAACUGUCCAAAGGCAGCAAGGGACCACGACUGCCUUGGGAGGAAGACUGGUUUUUACUCAGACACAGACUCAUCGUGCCUAAAGUACUUCGCUUGUAAGAAUGGAGUAAAGGUGCAGACUUUAACGUGUCCAGAGAAGCACGUGUUUAAUGGUGAGGUCUGUGUGCCAUCCACCACGGCCUCCUGCCUCCCGUCUGAAGUAUCGGUCUCCCCCAACCUUAUGUCCACGGCCAUGUCUGCUGCUUUUACUCAGGAAAACGUGAUAUCGAGGUCUUCUGUUUCAGUGAAAGGUCUGAAAGAUACAUCGGUUUUUCAACACUUAGAAAGAGAAACACAGGAUAACAUGGCAGGUCUUCACAAUUCAGGAGUAAAGAAGGAACAGCUAUCACAAAAUAUGUGUUCUGACCUUCCCAACGGACGUUACGCCGAGAUUCAUUCCCGCUGUAAUAGUUUCUUGGAGUGUGGUGACCGUCCAAGAUGGUCCCGGUGCCCUAAUGCCUUGGUGUUCAGCCCCAGUAACAACGCCUGUGUAUCCCCAGACAGGUACGCCUGCCCGACCACCAAUCCUUGUCAGUCUCUCAGUGACGGGAUUCACGCAGAUGGGCAGAGCCAGUGUCGCAUUUUCUUCACCUGCCUUGGAAAAAGAACCAUUCUCAUAACCUCCUGCCCUGAGGGCCAGGCCUUCAGUGAGGCUGACGGCAGGUGUCGGUCCGAGGGAGUGUCGUGUGGCGGGACUGAUUCUGCUCCAGUAUAGUCUUGCCUUCCCGUUCUACGAUUCUCACUCACACGUAUGGUUAGUUUUAUAUCCCCUCAGGUUUCCCCAUUUAUAAACGUGCAUUUUUUAGUUGGGCGUUAGUUAUAAUAGAGUUAGUUAAAGUAGGUACAUUGUUUAGGCUUUUUAGCCAGUGUUCUGGAGAAGGCGAGGCGCGGCGGUGGUGCACGAGGGCGGGGAGAAGCCCCACCCCCUGACACCACCCGCCGCCCCGCACUAACCAGAGUGAUAGAAGGUUUGUAUAGUACAAGCUGAACGAGUAGGCAGUUUUCUGCCCGGCUGGAGUUGUAUAUGUAAUUAUUAUUACUACUUGUACUUUCUGUGAAAGACUUGUGAAUCUUAUUCAGUGUUAAAGUCAGAUAGAUAGAUUUUUUUUUUCUUUUUGACUCGUUGAUGUUCACAAUCAUUUUGACUUUUGCAUGUUUAGUGUACAUCAUAAUUCAUUGUGUGAUAUUUAUUUUCCUGACGUGCCUAAAUGUAUGUAGCGUACAAGAUGCGGGAGACUGUGGUGUAUCCGAGGGCCGCCGCCUUGCCCCGCAUCGAUUUGUGAUUGCCUGGGUGUUACACCACCCAGGAAUUGGUGGAGGCUAGUUGGCGGUCUUUACACAAGACAAUGUCUCAAUUGUAUGUGUUGUCUACAUUUUGCCUUGGUCACGGCAGUACAAGAUGCCGGCGGGCCGCGAGCAGCGCCCCUUCACUGGUGAUCCUCCCGGGGCUCCGCGUGAGUGCCAGCAAUACAACAUUGGAAGUUAGUUAAGCUUACAAACGUGUCCCACUUACGAGGACUCUUCAUGGGACACUCAUUACCCUUUUUGUUUAGUUUUCCUUUGCGGUUUCAAAAAUUUCAGUCCUAACUUUAAGAGAUUUCAAAAUGCCAUAGAAUAGGAAAUUGUUUUCAUAUAGAUCUAAUUUCAAUCUCAACACCCAUUUGUGUGUGUGUGUGUGUGUGUGUGUGUGUGUGUGUGUGUGUGUGUGUGUGUGUGUGUGUGUGUGUGUGUAUUGAUUCAUCUCCUUGGAAGAAACACUUAAUGUCUAUAGUUUUAUUGUGGUUGUCAUGAUAAGGUAUGACUGGGAAAUAUUAUACCAGUGGAUAAGAAGUGAGGCGAGACAGAAGGUACAGAGCUGGUGAUGAACAGAGGAGUUGUGAUCAAUUGUAUUUCCGCGGCGCCGCACAACAUCCCUGAUAGCCAUGACUGCACCAGCAACUAACUACUGUAGUGAAUCUGUGACGCUCGGCUCGCUACUCACCAGGCAGCAUGGCCCACGAGUCCCCGCAGCCCACGCCGCAACCUGAGCUCCGGUAAGUGCGCCAACCUUGCUGGUGAUAUGCCUUAAGAACCGGUUAAGUUUGUAUGACUCUCGCUGUGAAUAGUAAAUCAUGUGAAAUUUUAUUUGUAACUGCCAUUAAAUAUAAAUGAAGC